GGCACGCAAACACGUUACAAUCAUACAGACGGUCGGCUCUCACAGCUUCGACGUUUGUUACCACUUCUAUCAAAUCAAUCCGAGGAUUGCCUAUACCUCAAUCUUUACGUUCCACGAUCGGGUGAGUCAAAUUGAUGAUUCGAUAAAGUCUCGUGGAUCACCAAAGGCCACCAUUGUGUAUAUACAUGGUGAAUCGUAUGAAUGGAAUUCCGGAAAUCCAUAUGACGGGUCCGUGUUGGCAGCGGAUGGCAACGUGAUUUUUGUAACGAUAAAUUUUAGGCUAGGUAUAUUUGGGUUUCUGAAAACAGGAUCUAAAGGCAGUGCGCAAGGAAAUUUCGGAUUAAUGGAUUUGGUUGCUGCUUUACACUGGUUGAGAGAGAAUCUGUCAGCGUUUCAUGGUGAUCCAUCUCGAAUUACGUUGAUGGGCCAUGGAACUGGAGCAGCCUUGGCGAAUAUUUUAGUUGUUUCACCUGUUGCUAGUGAUUUAAUACAUCGUGUAAUUCUAUUGAGUGGUUCAGCCUUGUCACCAUGGGCAAUACAGAAAGAUCCCUUAGGAGUGAAAAAAAUAGUCGCCGAACAAACCGCUUGUCAACUUGAUUUAGUAACUGAUGACUUGGCGCCAUGUCUACGAACGAAACCCGUUAGUGAACUUCUUCAGAUCUCCACUGAGAACCCAAGGUUUCUUCCUGGAUACGCACCAUUUGUGGACGGAACAGUUAUAGCGAAUUCCAUAACAGCAAAUACACGUUUAAAAUCUUUACCAACUGGAUCUGCCAUUACAAGCACAUCCGGUAUAGAAUUUUCUAAUUUCCCGACACGUGAAUUAUUGUUCGGAUUGACGUCAUAUGAAUCAUAUAAUGAUCUCAGUGCUCAAGAUCUUGAGUUUGGUUUUAACGAAACAAAGAGAGAUCGAGUACUCCGAACAUACGUGCGAAAUAUUUUUCACUUCCAUUUGAAAGAAAUAUAUUCUGCGCUAAGGAAUGAGUACAUGGAUUGGGAACAUUCUCCCAAGAAUCCUCUUGGUCAUCGUGAUACAAUACUAGAACUACUAAGCGAUGGCCACACAGCUGCACCGAUAGUGCGAUUGGCUUAUCUACAUAGUAUGCAGAAAGGGAAUUCGUAUUUUUUGCAUUUUAGGCAUCAAACCAGCGAACGCGAUUUUCCCCAGCGUGGUGGUUCCGUUCGCGGCGAAGACGUGCCUUUUACUUUUGGGCUUCCACUUUCACAACUGUUCCUGUCAAAUUACACUCGAGACGACAUAAAAAUAAGUCGGGUGUUAGUGUUAUAUUUCACAAACUUUGCCAAAACAGGCAAUCCAAACGGUUUAUUGGAGCCACAUAUGAUGGAGAGUUCGAGUAACUAUCCUGACAAAAUUUCAAAUUAUAACGAUUACGAUAUUGGUGUUGGUCGAUUACAACAAUCUAGAUCACUGAUGAACAAUCGAAAGGCAUCGAUAUUGGUAAGCAACCGUCUUAUCAGUGACACAAGAAACACGAUGGAGUUAUAUAGCCGAUAUGAAAGUAAUCGCAAUCAUUACGGAAAUCGGGAUGAGUCCAGUAAAAUGGCUUCAACUGCAUCUAUAGGACGAGGAACUCUAGAAAAUGAUGAUGAUGCCAGAGAUCACAUUGAAAAGCCAGCGCAAAAAUUAGAACAUUGGAAAUUGUAUGACCGAACCAAUCAGUUUUACAUGGAGCUAGGUUGUAAUGCGAUAUUGCGUAGCCAUUAUCGUGGGCACAGAUUGUCUAUGUGGUUGAGUCUUAUACCACAACUACACUUACCUGAUGAUUCAGCAUAUUGGCCUGUGCGACAUCACCACUUCACAGAGGUCAAACCAGAACAUUAUGAUGGAAGAGUUAAGGAUCAGCAGAUGCUGAAGUUGCACAAACUAAUAACAAUAGCUAGGGCUACAGCAAAGCCACAAAAGACUGAACCGAUCGUAGUAACAUUAGCACAGAGCGUACCAAAAGGUCCGCUCCUGUUGCAGCUGUUUCGACCCGUCCGGCACCGAGUCAACCGAUGGUCCAGCCUGCGCCGCACUCGUCUGUCGCUAUGUCAAUGACAGGAACUUGGAUUAAAGUCUAAAAUGUCAGCUACGGCUGGUGGUGUUACUGCAAUCGGUUUGCCUUCGGCCACGUUGGACAUUCGGCUAACGGGAAUAUUCAGCGAUUCCAAUUCGAAGGAAGCAGCACCAGUAGCAGACUGCUUCGGUUCAGAAAUACGCUCCGGUAUCCGGCGAAGCUAACACUCCGGCAGGACGAAGGUUUCAACGAGGGGCUCAGGUAUAAGUAGCAGAGUCCUUGCACUUACUGUUUGUCGAGUGAACAAUUUCGACGAAACUACUGCCGCUCUCGCCAAGUUUGAAUACCGUGCGACAUCAGCGGUACAGUGCCAGGAAUAGUCGAGAAGAGUGCCAGGACUGACAUGCCGAGAGCUACAAGAUUAAAUAGCAGGGCGUUUUUAAAGUGACCAUAGUAUAACCUAGAGGCUUUUGGGCAGAUGAUUUAUUCAGGCUGCCGAAGUGAAUCCACACAUAUCAUCACCUACAGAGGCAAGCAAUAUUGAAACGCAGCGAAAUUCCUCACAAUGAAUUGAUCUCGUCAGAUAAAAUUCCAGGAAAUACAAUUUUCAUAGCAUAAUUUAUCCGACCGAAAUUGUAGUCCUCAGUCGAGAGAGACUGAUAGAGUAGCAGCAGUUAGGAAUUUUCAUUGGAAAGCUAGCAGCGGUUUCGCGUAUCCUGCGCUAAGUAGAGAGCGUUAAGACAGAUCUCCGAAGCAUGCCUAGUUAUUUCCUACCAAUUUGAACAAGACAACAGUUGAAAGAUACCUUGAUUGCGGUGCCAAAAUGAUGGCAACUCGGGAUAUAAUAUAAAUUUACAUAUAAUUUCUCCUCCCUGAUAUUCUUCCAGAAUGUAUAAUUCUCUGCAUUCUUAUCACUCCUAUCAAAUCUUUCUUACUCGUUAUCGUCAGUGCAGAGCACUGUUUUGCAUUUGCCGGCUAAAUCAACGACAAUGUGAUCAUCGACGAAACUUUUGCUGUAAUGGAACUUGAACACGAUUAAUAAAUAAUUGUUCCAUUCGAAAGCGAUAACCUUGUUGUCCUCACGUUUGCAGCCAUCAUACGCUAGCAGGCAUUCUGACCAAUGGAAACGUUCUUCGAUAUGGGCAUUGAACGAACAAAAUCAUUUCAACAACUUAUCAUCAACCGAAUUCGUUACCUAUACAGUUCAGGUAAACUUCACCACCUAAAAUGAGUAAUCAAUCGGAUCAUCUUGUUAGGACUUAACCCACGAGCAAACAAACAAAUGUGUACAAAUCCUUAUCCAUCAUCCAGAAAGCAAUCGUUUUAUAGCCCAAUACUUGAUCUUGCGAUUCAGCAUAUGUCACCGGGUAUUACAUCCAGCGCCGAUUGGUCAAUGUAUGAACAAAGAGCAUCGAAAGUAUUCAAGUAAUGUAAAUUUUAAAAGUCCAUGUAAACAAGUCUUAGGUAAACAAGCACACUGAACUGUCA